CAACAACAUUUACAACCACUCUCUUAAUAUUUUUAUUGUUUAUAUUUCAAUUCGGGUGUUUGAUUUAGUUUCGCGGGUUUUGUAAUUUAAAAAAAAGAAACAUGGUUUCCACAACGUGGGCUGCAGUAUGAACUUCGAGAAUCAUCUGCGAAUCGUUUUUGGUCCGUGCAACCUGCUGAAAGAGGGGGGUGUGCAUGGCAAGGCCCCAUUAGUGCGACCGCCACUGCGAUGAGUACCGUGGGGGCGGGCGUUACGAGCCCGGGACAAGUAGCAGCUCGGACGCCGACGGCCCCCAAACGACCCGUCCGACGUGGCGGCAAGGCGCCCCCGGAUCGUCCGCAACGUGCCCUCUUUUGCCUCAAUCUCAAAAACCCCCUGAGAAAACUAUGCAUUGACGUCGUUGAAUGGAAACCGUUUGAAUGGUUAAUUCUUCUUACAAUAUUCGCAAAUUGUGUUGCCUUAGCUGUUUAUACACCUUUUCCUAACACCGACUCAAAUACUACCAACGCAUAUUUGGAAAAAAUAGAAUACAUCUUUCUAGUAAUUUUCACUACAGAAUGCGUAAUGAAAAUACUGGCGUAUGGUUUCCUCAUGCAUCAAGGGGCGUAUCUUCGGAAUGGUUGGAAUUUACUUGAUUUUACAAUUGUAGUUAUAGGAUUAAUUACUACUGUAUUGCAAAACCUCAGUAAAGAAACUUUCGACGUUAAAGCUCUUCGAGCUUUUAGAGUUCUCCGACCUUUAAGACUUGUCUCUGGUGUACCUAGUUUACAAGUUGUGUUAAACUCAAUUCUUCGUGCCAUGGUGCCUUUACUGCAUAUAGCUCUGUUAGUACUAUUUGUUAUUAUUAUUUAUGCAAUCAUUGGGUUGGAAUUAUUCUCAGGAAAAAUGCAUAUGACUUGUUAUGAUAAUACAACAGGUAAACAGAUGGAUGAGCCUCACCCUUGUGGUGUGGGUUUUGAUUGUUCUCAGAUAGACGCGAACAUGGUUUGUAAAGAUGGCUGGACAGGUCCAAACGACGGCAUUACCAAUUUUGAUAAUUUUGGCCUCUCCAUGUUGACUGUUUUCCAAUGCAUCACCCUCGAGGGCUGGACUGAUGUACUUUAUAAUAUACAAGAUGCAUUGGGCAGAACGUGGCAGUGGAUUUAUUUUGUUUCGAUGGUCAUACUAGGGGCAUUUUUUGUGAUGAAUCUAAUUCUUGGUGUGUUAAGUGGUGAGUUUUCCAAAGAAAGAGAAAAAGCGAAAGCUAGAGGAGAUUUUCACAAGUUGAGAGAAAAACAGCAGCUCGAAGAGGACCUUAGAGGUUAUCUGGAUUGGAUUACGCAAGCUGAAGAUAUCGAACCAGAAGGCGAAGAUCAUCAAAACCAAGACAAUAGAAAUAUAACUCAGAAUGAAAUGGAAUCCACCGACCACAUCGGAGAGGAGGAAGUUCAGCAGGAAUCUUGGUUUAAACGCAAGAAAAAGAGCUUCGAGAGGGUUAAUCGACGAAUGCGAAGAGCAUGCCGUAAGGCCGUCAAAUCUCAGACAUUUUAUUGGCUUAUUAUUGUUUUGGUAUUUUUGAAUACUGGGGUUUUAGCCACGGAACAUUACAAGCAGCCACAAUGGUUGGAUGAUUUCCAAGAAUAUACAAAUAUGUUUUUUAUCGCUCUGUUUACGAUAGAAAUGUUGUUAAAGAUGUAUAGUCUAGGUUUUCAAGGAUACUUUGUAUCAUUAUUUAAUAGAUUUGAUUGUUUUGUUGUAAUUGGCAGUAUCAUGGAAAUGAUUUUAACCAAUACUCAUGUGAUGCCUCCGUUGGGAAUAUCUGUGUUACGUUGUGUUAGAUUAUUGAGAGUAUUUAAAGUUACCAAAUAUUGGAGAUCGUUAUCAAAUUUAGUCGCCUCUCUGUUAAAUUCAAUUCAAUCUAUUGCGUCACUGUUGCUACUACUGUUUCUGUUUAUUGUUAUUUUUGCACUUCUUGGAAUGCAAGUAUUUGGUGGAAGAUUUAACAAGGAUACGGAAGAAAAAACUAGGUAUAAUUUCGAUAGCUUCUGGCAGAGUUUGUUGACAGUGUUCCAGAUUCUUACUGGUGAAGAUUGGAACGUAGUUAUGUAUGAAGGUAUACAGGCAUACGGAGGAGUUGAGUCUCCUGGUGUCUUAUCCUGCAUAUACUUUAUUAUUCUGUUUAUUUGUGGUAAUUAUAUCCUACUAAAUGUGUUCUUGGCUAUUGCCGUGGAUAAUUUAGCUGAUGCCGAAUCUCUUACUGCGAUCGAAAAAGAAGAAGAAGAAGGCGAACGAAAAUCGACGAGUCCGACGCCACACGAGGAUUUAGAAGAAGAACAUAGUGUAGAAGAGGAGGAAACCGAUGACGGACAAUAUUCGGGAAGGUCAGAGCAUGACGAGGAGCAAGGAUCACAAACAAAGAUUGCUGAAGAAGGAGAAUUCGAAGAAGAACCAAACGAAGAUGGAGAUGAUGUUGAGGCAGGCGACGAGGUUGAAGAAAGACCGCGCCGAAUGUCUGAAAUAAAACAAAACACGACGGUGCCAAUACCGCCAGCGUCAUCUUUCUUCAUUUUUUCUCCUACGAACAGGUUUCGUGUGUUCUGCCACUGGCUAUGUAAUCACAGUUACUUUAGCAAUAUGAUUUUGGUGUGUAUUAUGGUAUCUUCAGCAUUACUAGCAGUUGAGGACCCAAUAGACACGGAGUCUGAAACCAAUAAGGUGCUGUCAAAAUUUGACGUAUUUUUUACAAUAAUUUUUUCAAUUGAACUGAUGCUCAAAACCACUGCAUAUGGGUGCAUCCUUCACGACGGUGCCUUUUUACGUUCGGCCUUCAAUAUGUUGGACUUACUUGUGGUUUGUGUGUCGUUAGUUUCUAUAUACAAUAGCCAAGGUGCAAUGAAUGUGGUAAAGAUUUUAAGAGUAUUAAGAGUUCUUCGUCCGUUAAGAGCAAUUAACAGAGCUAAAGGAUUAAAGCAUGUAGUCCAGUGCGUGAUAGUUGCGGUUAAGACCAUCGGCAACAUUGUACUGGUCACUUGCCUUCUACAGUUCAUGUUCGCGGUAAUAGGAGUGCAAUUAUUUAAGGGAAAGUUAUCGCACUGUACUGAUAGAUCCAAGAUGACGGCUGAUGAUUGCAAUGGAACGUAUUUGGUAUAUGAAGAUGGAGAUAUAGGAAGACCGUCGAUGAAAGAAAGAAGUUGGGACCCGAACAGAUUUCAUUUCGACAACGUACUGAAAGCGAUGUUGACGCUGUUUACAGUUUCAACGUUUGAAGGAUGGCCAGCUUUACUUUACGUUUCCAUAGACUCAUAUGAAGAAAAUAAAGGACCAAUUCACAAUUACCGCCCUAUAGUUGCAGCGUAUUACAUAGUAUAUAUUAUUAUUAUCGCUUUUUUUAUGGUUAACAUAUUCGUCGGUUUCGUCAUUGUUACAUUCCAAAACGAAGGUGAACAAGAAUACAAAAACUGUGAGCUCGACAAGAACCAGCGCAACUGUAUAGAAUUUGCUCUAAAGGCUAAACCUAUUCGUCGGUACAUUCCCAAGCAUCGAAUUCAGUACAAGGUUUGGUGGUUUGUUACGUCGAGACCUUUUGAGUAUGCCAUCUUUACACUUAUUUUGACCAACACCAUAACGCUGGGAAUGAAGUUUUAUCAUAAACAAGAAGAAUAUCUAGUUUACGAAAAAGUUCUUGACUAUCUCAAUAUGAUCUUCACUGCUGUGUUUGCGAUGGAGUUCGUCUUCAAAUUGGCAGCAUUCAGAGUGAAGAACUAUUUUGGAGAUGCUUGGAACUUAUUCGAUUUUAUAAUCGUUUUAGGCAGUUUUGUUGAUAUUGUAUACCAAGAUGUUAACCCUGGGUCUUCUAAGUUCCAGUUAUCUGGUAAUUUUUUUCGUUUGUUUCGUGUUAUGAGGCUCAUAAAAUUAUUAAAUAGAGGUGAGGGUAUACGAACGUUACUCUGGACGUUCUUAAAAUCAUUUCAAGCUCUACCUUAUGUUGCCCUGUUGAUUGUAAUGUUGUUUUUUAUUUACGCCGUAAUAGGAAUGCAGAUGUUUGGAAAAAUUGAAAGUAAUGAUAUGGAAUCGUCGUCUCAAAUAACAAGGAACAAUAAUUUUGGUUCGUUUUUCCAAGCAGUGUUGGUGUUGUUCAGAUCUGCUACUGGUGAAGCAUGGCAGGAAAUAAUGAUGGAUUGUGCGGAUACCCCUGCAGCCAAAUGUCAUAGCAACUUGAAGAAGGUUGUAACAACUUGCGGAUCUGUUGUAGCGUAUCCGUUCUUUAUUUCAUUUUAUGUACUUUGUUCAUUUCUGAUUAUCAAUCUGUUUGUAGCUGUUAUUAUGGAUAAUUUUGAUUACUUAACACGCGAUUGGUCUAUUCUUGGACCGCACCACUUAGAUGAAUUCAUAAGGCUGUGGAGCGAAUACGAUCCAGACGCUAAGGGCAGGAUAAAACAUUUAGACGUCGUAACUCUUCUUAGGAAAAUUUCUCCUCCCCUUGGAUUUGGUAAAUUGUGUCCGCAUCGCGUAGCAUGCAAACGUUUAGUUUCCAUGAAUAUGCCUCUAAACAGUGAUGGUACGGUGUUGUUUAACGCUACGCUAUUUGCCGUUGUCCGAACAUCCCUGCGUAUCAAAACCGAUGGACCCAACAUUGAUGAUUGCAAUGCAGAACUUCGAGCUGUGAUCAAAAAAAUUUGGAAGAGGACGAGUCCAAAGUUAUUGGAUCAAGUUGUGCCUCCACCUGGAGUGGACGACGAAGUCACCGUGGGUAAAUUCUACGCGACUUUCCUCAUUCAAGAUUACUUCAGGCGGUUCAAAAAGAGAAAAGAGCAGGAGAUGAAAGACGGAGACAAAGAUAUUCAGAACACCGUUACACUUCAAGCCGGAUUGCGUACGUUACAUGAGGCUGGUCCAGAACUGAAACGCGCCAUCUCAGGCAAUCUAGAUGAAUUAAUUGAUGACAAUCCCGAACCAAUGCAUCGUAGAAAUCAUUCACUCUUCGGAAGUGUAUGGUCUUCAAUGAGACGAGGUCAUACUUUCAAUAGAGCCAAAUCUCUGAAGUUAAAUUCAACCCAAAUCAAAAUUACACCGGCUUCCAGCGUCGACUAUCUUCCAUACAAUUCUAUUAAGAAUGCCGUCACAGAAGGGAUGAAUCACAUUACUUCCAUGACGAAAAAUGUUCAAAACCGUGUUAGCGCCAGUUCCUUGAACAAUCAGGAUAACUUUAAGGACGAAGAAAUUCCUCUAAGAUCUCUUAAUAAUCUACACAAUGGAGAUGAGAAGAAUAACUACACGGUCAUCGA